CUCAAUGGCGGAAGAGCCCCCGGUUCUGUGAGCCGACACCCCCCCCCCCAACCCCCGCUCCCCCGGCUCCCCCUACUCUCCCGGGGCAGUUGCGGGGGAGUUUCGUGCCGGCGCGGCCGGACUGUGUGUUUCUCAGCGUUGUGUGGUUGGAAGAUGCUCCAGAGAGACGAGGCUGCGGCGGAGGUGGUGGUGGCGGCGGCGGCGGCGGCCGAGUCGGCAGCGACGCUCGGGUGGAGAGAAGGCGGCGGCGGCGGCGGCGGCGGCGGGAGAGACCGGGCGGUGUAAACAAACAGGGAGGUGGUCGGGACCUCCUCCACCCCCCCCCACCCCACGAGGAGGUCGCCCCUCCGGAGGAAGCGUGGGCCCAGUGCCGCGGGAGGCUCGACACCCCGAGAUCGCAAAACGUCCCUCGGUCCGUCUCAGAUUCAUUACUAAAUAUGGGUGCAUUUUUGGAUAAACCCAAAACUGAAAAACAUAAUGCACAUGGUGCUGGGAAUGGUUUACGCUAUGGCCUGAGCAGCAUGCAAGGAUGGAGAGUGGAAAUGGAAGAUGCACACACGGCUGUUGUAAGCAUCCCCCACGGCUUAGAAGACUGGUCCUUUUUUGCUGUUUAUGAUGGUCACGCUGGUUCCCGAGUAGCAAAUUACUGCUCAGCACAUUUAUUAGAACACAUCACUACUAAUGAAGACUUCAGGGCAGCUGGCAAGUCGGGAUCGCCUCCCGAGCCUUCUGUGGAAAAUGUCAAGACCGGUAUCCGAACUGGCUUUUUGAAAAUCGAUGAAUACAUGCGUAACUUUUCAGACCUCAGAAAUGGGAUGGACAGGAGCGGUUCAACGGCAGUGGGAGUUUUGAUCUCACCCAAACACAUCUACUUUAUCAACUGUGGUGACUCGCGCGCUGUUCUGUGUAGGAAUGGACAUGUCUUCUUUUCUACCCAGGAUCACAAACCUUGUAAUCCAGGGGAAAAGGAGCGAAUCCAAAAUGCAGGAGGGAGCGUGAUGAUCCAGCGUGUUAAUGGUUCCUUAGCCGUGUCUCGUGCUCUGGGUGACUAUGAUUACAAGUGUGUGGACGGCAAGGGCCCAACAGAACAGCUUGUUUCUCCAGAGCCUGAGGUCUAUGAAGUUCUAAGGGCAGAAGAGGAUGAAUUUAUCGUCUUGGCUUGUGAUGGGAUCUGGGAUGUCAUGAGUAAUGAGGAGCUCUGUCAAUAUGUAAAGUCUAGGCUUGAGGUAUCUGAUGACCUGGAAAAUGUGUGCAAUUGGGUAGUGGAUACUUGUUUACAUAAGGGAAGUCGAGAUAACAUGAGUAUUGUACUAGUUUGCUUUUCAAAUGCCCCCAAGGUCUCAGAUGAAGCAGUGAAAAAGGAUUCCCGGUUGGAUAAGUACUUGGAAUCACGAGUUGAAGAAAUUAUGGAGAAAUCUGGUGAUGAAGGAAUGCCUGAUCUUGCCCAUGUCAUGCGCAUUUUAUCUGCAGAAACUAUCCCAGAUUUACCUCCUGGGGGAGGUCUUGCUGGCAAGCGCAAUGUUAUUGAAGCUGUUUAUAGUAGAUUGAAUCCACACAGAGAAAGUGAUGGGGGUGCUGGAGAUCUAGAAGACUCAUGGUAGCCUUAUAAACCUUCUAAAAUGUUUUUGAUUCUGAAAAUUGGGGAAAAAUCUUUUAAUCACAGUUUACUUCAAUACAAGGGGAAAUACUCUUGUGGAUUCCCAAUGUUUUGUGAUAUGAGCAGAAAAUCAUUAGCACUUCCCAUCACUUGUUCAUACUUGUGUUUUCUGAUAAUUGCCACUCAUAGCAUUGCCUGUACGCUACAGUAUUUUUACCAGCCUUCAGCAUACUAGUUACAUCUGUAUCCAAUUACUGGCCAUAGAAACUGGUGGAGUUAUUUUACAAAUGUGCCCGAGGUGCAUGGGAAUAUAGUUAGCUAUACUCUGAGGAUACGUUAUGAUUUUUAAGAAAACGAAAACAAAAACAAAAAAACCCGCAACAUAUAAGCAUGUAGGAAUAAAGACUUGUGAGAAGUUUCUGCUCUCAGUUCGCCAAGUUGGAAGGAAGCCUUUUGCUAUUCUGUGGCUUGGAAUUUUAUUUGAGCAAUUUACUAUAGGAUAUGUAUUUAUUAAUAAUUGUUAUUUAAUUUCUUUCCAAUUUCACCUAUAUUACCAACAUGGCUUUUUCAGUAAUGUCCAUAUUGUACUGUUGCCUUGCUUCAAGAUGCAGUGUUUGGCAAUAAUGUUAUCAACCCUUAAAAAUCUUACGCAUGUGUCUACUACAUCCUUCAGUUUUUACUAGAAAAUCUUGGAAACCAAAUGGAUUAAUUUAUGGAUAUUUAUACUUUACGUUGUCAUCUCACUGCUUAGAAUUCUUUUAAAUGUUGAGAUUUGCCUUUAUAAUGUAAAUUGUGAUUCUUGUUUUACAUGUGGGUGUCUAUAAUUUUAAUUUUUCAGCUUUUAAAAUACAGGUUUUCAUGUAAUUUGUUAGAAUUUUUAACUGUUAUUUUAAAAGCUCAGAAUAUCACAUUGAAAUACUAUAAACACAUUUAAAAUUAUCUAUUUUAGAUCUAAGGAAAUACUACAGAGAUAUUUUCAUGGGUUCAGUAACCUUUCAUUUUAUAACAUUGGGCACGGUACAGAGUGGCUGUCACAUAAGGUACUUGAAAUUUAUUUAGUUUAACUCUAUUUUUACAAAAACUUGGAAUUCUUGGAUCCUUUUGAAUUUUGCAUGUAUUAAAAAAUUUAGUGCUGAACAUGAUGAGUCAAGUGUUUAUUGAAAAGUUUCUGGAAUAGGAGAAGUAAUGGGUGUAUCCAUUUGUACAUGGUUUCCUACUUGUGAAUGCUUUGUAUAUACAUUUCCCAUACGUUUCGGUUAUGUUUCAGCAGGUUGUAAUUGCCCUUGUGUGUAGCUCAAGUGAGUCUUCAUCUGGUCCUAUGUGGAAUGGAAUUCAAGGUAUUUUCUGUAUUGAUUUUCUGGAGCUGUUUCUAGGGAGCCACACAUUUGAACACAUCAGCUUUCCUGAUCUCUAGGUUUACUGCGCACCAGAUUUUUUUGAUCUAAAAGUAGUUACUGCCACCAUACAUUUUAUUUAUUCUUUAGAUGUUAGGCUCGUAAGUUAAAGAGCUUCACAUGAUGGUGUUAAAAGUUAUUUGUCCCAUUACUGGGUGUUGUUCAAAGAUAGGGAAUGAAGAAUGCAAAGUGGUUUAUUGUUGAAACUGUCCACUCCAAUCCAACCCUGUACCGAUAGUCCCUUUCCAAUAUGAUAUUGCGAUGUUUCAUACAAUGCAGUGAGCGUAACCAACUUGUCACUUAAAUAAAGUCUUGAUUUUAAAAAGCA